AUGUCUUUCGGGAGCUUCCAGUCGAUAUGCGAGACCGCGGCUAUACCACUGUGCUCGCUGGUGGGACCCUACGGCUCGUCGAAGGCGAUGGGACCGGGUAUAGUGGCGCUGUGCUACUCGCGAAGCAUUGAGUGGGCAAACACAAUCAUUUUCCAGCUCGCUAAUGACUUUGUUCAUAUCCUCGCGCUGGUUAUGUGUUCGAUAAUGGUUCUUCACGUACGGUCGAAGUUCACUGCUGUCGGUUUGUGAUUCCUUCCUUCGUUUUUUUUGUUCCUGUUGUUCCCUGGGCUCCCAUCACUGGCCGCCCCCCCCCCCUUUUGGUGGUCAUUUUAUCCGCUAUUGUGGAAAGAGUUGAGGCUAAAAUCGAUUGGCCAUCGUGACCCAGGUCGGAAGGAGAUCACUUCGUUCUUUUACUUGUUCAUGCUUCUCACUGUCAUUUCCCUAUGCCUCGAUUCCGGUGUCAUACCCAUCGGGUCGGCUCCGUACGCAUACUUCGUUGCUGUCCAAGCCGGCCUGACAUCAGCCCUAUGCACCUGUCUUCUCAUCAACGGUUUUAUCGGGUUUCAAGUUUACGAAGACGGCACCGCGCUAUCAGUAUGGCUCCUGCGACUCUCGACGGUGGUAAUGUUCAUCGUGACCGGUGGCGUCGCGAUCUGUACGUUCCAAAGUUGGAUCGGACUAGGCCCCACGAAGACCAUGGCACUCUUCAUCGUCCUCUACGUUGUCAAUGCUCUUUUCCUGUUUGUCUACGUCGCCUGCCAGGUCAUUUUGGUCAUGGGGACCCUGGAGGAUAGAUGGCCGUUGGGUGACAUCGUCUUUGGCGUCUUCUUCUUCGUCGUUGGACAGGUACUUUUGUACGCUUUCAGCGAUAAGCUCUGCGAUAAAGUUUAUCACUACCUUGAUGGAUUAUUCUUCUCCUCUAUCUGCAACCUUCUUGGUGUCAUGAUGGUCUACAAGGUAAGGCUUCGAAUCCCUCCGCCGUUUCCAACAGGAACUAACGAGAAAACAGUACUGGGACUCGAUCACAAAAGAAGACCUCGAAUUCUCCGUCGGCACAAAAACCAACGUGUGGGAAGUCAAGGAGUUGAUCCCGGAGGAAGACCGGCGCGCAACGGUCUACGAACACACUGGCCCCACUAGCGAUUACGCAACAAGCACAUAUCACAACUCGAACGGGGGCCGCGUGAGUCAGGGAUACGGUGGGUUCUCUGAUCGAUACUAG